AUGAUGUUGCCUCUUCUAGGUGGAAGGAGGAAAGCCAUCGGUUUUGCAAGUAGAACUCUGAUUCAGCAUGGCAGAAGGAGUUUUCCAGUUGGACCGAUCCUCGCUAAUACAAAAGAUGACCACACUAUUGUCACUGUUGUGAACCGCCGAUGUCUGUCCAGCCAAGGUAGUAGUGGUGGGCAGGGACCCCAACCACGCAAAAGAUUCUAUAAGCAUGUUGGAGUCACCGAAGUGAGUCCACCCUGGGAACUCCGAUUGGGAGCAGCAGCAACCGCCAAACCAGGAGGAGGAACCGUGGAGAAUCCAAUUUCAGCAGGAGUGGAUGGAACCCAGAGUGCAUCGGGUGUGAUUGGGCAUCUUCCUGAGGAGAACAUGUCUCCCGAGAAGCAGGCAUCACUACUCAAAGAUCGACUGAUUCCUCGAAGUACCACGCAUCUGGACAAUAAUAAUAAUACUGUGAUGGAAGAACCCCCCAAACAAUGGUAUGGUGUGACUCUGGAUGGAAGAACACUCCGGACUCCAGUAGGUCAAAUUUUGUCCGUCCCAUCGAGACUCUUGGCAUGGGCCAUUGCGGCCGAGUGGGAUGCCCAAACCAACCAAAUCAGACCGGUACAAAUGCCACUCAUGACACUGGCGUGUACUGCCUUGGAUCAAACAGCAGCACAUCCAGAGCAUUACCAGAAAACAGCCUUGCAGUUCCUGCCGACGGAUACGACUUGCUUUUGGGCAGACCCCACGGAAGACAGGAUAUUGCACCGUCGGCAGGAAGCAGCCUGGCGAGAGAUACAUGAAUUCAUUGAGAACCAGUUCGGGGUACAACCUGUCAAAGCCAUGGGAGCGCAAGAAGGAGUGUUGUUGUCUCGUAGGAAUCGUGAAAAGGGAAUCAUUGGUCUGCCCCAUCCCGAAUCCUUGUACGAUGCCUGUACCGAAUGGACCCGUCAAUUGGAUGCUUGGCAUCUCACAGCGCUCAAUGCCGUAGCUUCGGAAACCAAGAGUUUUCUGGUGGCAUAUGCUGUCCUGCACCCAUUGUCUCCCUUCUCGACCAUUACCAGUGGCAGUAACGACAAUAUAUUCAAGGCGAUUACAGCUGCUCGAGUAGAAGAGGAGUUUCAGAUUGAAUCCUGGGGUUUGGUAGAGGGACAGCAUGAUUACGAUCGCCUCAAUUGCUCUGUGCAAGUGCGAUCUGCCAAGCUGCUGGCCAAGUCUGUACUGCAGCAGUGA